UAACAAGCGGAUAAAAUCGCACGCACAACGGUGUUUGCGCCCAGGCGAACUGCCAUUUAGCAUCGUGGGCGGCGCGGACACACUAGUCCUCGCACCAAACUCGAACCCGAACUCGCUCUCCACGCGCUCUGAGCGCAUCCAUAGCCGGAGCAGGAGCGGAGCGGAGCGGAGUGGCAGCGGAGCACACGAUGUUCUCGAACCAGCAGCAGUCACCCGCCGCUGUGGCCGCGGCCGUGGCCAGCUGCAGGCUAAGGAAGCAGCAGCGCCGUCGGCUGGCGGCCUUCGACUUUGACCACACGAUCGUUUCCCAGAACACGGACACCGUGGUGCGCGACCUGCUGCCCACGGAGGUGACGAGCGCCAAGGUCAACGAGUUGGUGGAGAACGAUUGCUGGACGGAGUACAUGGCCGAGGUGUUUCGCCUGCUGCACGAGCAACAGGUGUCGGAGGCGCGCAUUAGGGACACCAUCCGUGGCAUACCCGAGGUGCCCGGUUUCGUGCGCCUGAUCAAGCACCUGGCCAAGCGACUGCACUACGACCUGAUCAUCAUCAGCGACUCGAACAGCGUCUUCAUCGACGAGUGGCUGCGGGCACACAACCUGGCCGAUUGCUUUGUGGCCAUCUUUACCAAUCCGGCGGAAUUCGUUGCCUCCGGACGGCUAAUGGUCCGCGCCCACCACCAGCAGUCGGACUGCAAGCUGAGCGCCAGCAAUCUGUGCAAGGGGCGAGUGCUGGAGCACUUUGUCAUCGAGCAGGACCUGCGGCGCAGCAUACGCUAUGACCACGUCUUCUACGUGGGCGACGGCAACAACGACAUCUGCCCCGUGCUGCGGCAGCGGGCGUGCGACUUUGCCUGCGCCCGCAAGGGUUUCGCCAUGGAGAAGCACUUGCUCCGCAAUCGCAGCAAGUUGAAGCUGCGCGCCCAGCUGCUGAUCUGGAAGAGCGGCUUCGAUCUGAUGGACCAGAUGCUGGCACUGCCGCAGCUGAAGACCCCCCAGCUGCAGGGCGAUGGGGAACAGACGGAUCAGGAUGCGGAUGCGGAUGGCAAAGUACCGGAGGUGGCACGUCGGGCGUCGGCAGUUGCCGGGCCGACCAAGUCGCCCAACUAAGGUGGCAUGUGCUCGCAUUUGGCGCCGGCACGGGUAAGUAGAACGGGUAAUCCUCGAGAGCGACGAUUGCCCAGCUGCAGGAUUGCCAUCGCAAAGGAAACUGUUUCUUUGGAGCACCACGGACAGUUCAUGGUAUCGAGAGGUCCGUUUCUUGUUCCUUGUUUUGGACUGUGCUGCGAUGGCAAUCAUGGGGUUCUACGAUGCCAGGAGUACUCGUGAGGGUCCCAAAUGCGUAACCAUCCAGUUGUUGCAUCAUGUGGUCUGGUCUGUUCUUUAAUUGAUCCGCUCGCCACUUCGUUGCACUGGCCGUGCCAAGUGGACUGGGUGGAUCUGUAUUUGUAUUUGUGUGCCGGGACUUUACCUGCGAAACAAUUUGUGGAAAUCCAAACAGUACAACUUCGGAGGUGUGCCCAGGACUCGAGGCGUCAAUUUGUGCUGCGGCUGUUAGUGUUUAUUCCAUGUGUCUAUAUUUAAACCUGUUGUAAUUGAAGCUAUUGCAAGCUGUAUAUGAGUGUCCAUAUUAUAUGCAUUUGAAUGUGUGUUUUGCCGUUACUGCA